CCAGUCGGCGCGGCGGCUUCCGGUCAUCCGGGUGGGCUCUGACGGGCCUGAGGGCAGCAGACCGCGAUGCUGAAGGCCAAGAUCCUCUUCGUCGGGCCCUGCGAGAGUGGAAAAACCGUUUUGGCCAACUUCCUGACAGAAUCUUCUGACAUCACCGAAUACAACCCAACCCAAGGAGUGAGGAUCCUGGAAUUUGAGAACCCACACGUGGCCAGCAACGCCAAAGGCACGGGGUGUGAAUUUGAGCUGUGGGAUUGUGGCGGUGAUCCAAAGUUCGAGUCCUGCUGGCCAGCCCUGAUGAAGGACUCGCACGGGGUGGUGAUCGUCUUCAACGCCGACCUCCCCAGCCACCUGAAGGAAAUCGAGAUGUGGUAUUCCUGCUUCGUCCAGCAGCAGCUCCUCCAAGACACCCAGUGUCUGUUGAUUGCGCACCACAAACCAGGCUCCGGAAGCGAUAAAGGAAGCCCGUCUCUGUCGCCCCCCUUGAACAAGCUGAAGCUGGUGCACUCGAAUCUGGAGGAUGACCCUGAAGAGAUCAGGUCGGAGUUCCUAAAGUACUUAAAAAGCGUCGUCAAUUCAGUGUCUGAAAGCAGAGACCGGGAGGAGAUGUCAAUUAUCACCUAAGCACCCUAUAUCUGAACUCUUCCGCGUGGCACGUAAGGUCAGCUUGCUCCCCAGAGCAGCUCUGGCAUCUUACCCAGCUACCGAUGUGUCCUUCUCCGUGUGGCCGUGGAAGACAUUUCCCUUAUCUACUCUCAGGGUCCACUCAGCCAGGGAGUGGACUCGCACCAUUCAUUCCCUGUCCUUGGUAUUGCCAUUCUGACUCCUUUGCCCCAAACCUCUCCAAGAGCUGGAAAACUGAGUUGUUUUUCUUUCCUCUUCAUAUACGUCAAGUGAUAAAAAUUGUGGAAUUGUAACCGUCAGAACCAAAUGACAGGCAGUAGUUUAAUCCCUGUGUAUUGGUUUGAAGGUGAUUUUCACUGCUUAGUUCAUCCAGCAAAGACUGACGUGUCAUGCCGCACUGUUGUAGCUGUUGACAAUAAACAGCAGGAGCAAAACAAAGAAAUCCUUACCCUCAUGGGGCUGCCAUUCUGUUCCUCUAAAUUACAGGGAGGUAGGGUGCAACACUCAGGUCCUACACCUUCGAUAUGGGGAAAGAUGAUAGAUUCUUCCAUUUUCCGUAAUUGACCUAAAUCUCAUGUUCUGCUCCUCCUAGAUAAGGAGGGGGCCUAGACCACAUUUGAUGCCAAAUGAGGGUACAAUUGAUCCUCCUUCAUGGGUUCUGCUUUGCAAAUUUGCCUGCUAGCUCAAACUGAUCUGUAACCCCCAGAUCAAUACAGCGCUUUCCGUUAUUCAGAGCGGCCCAAAAUUGGGAUCAUCGGUCACGCAUGUUUCCAGCUGAGGCUGAAACACUCUGCUUUCUUGUUUCAGCUCUCAUACUAUAAACAAGUGCCCUUGUCACAGCCUAUUGGGCGCCACGUUUUCACAUUUCUGUGCUUUUCAUUGAGUGGUUUCGCUGUUUAAAAUGACCCCCAAAGGUGGCACAGGAGUUGGCUAAUGUUGCAAAGUGCAAGAAAACUGUGACGUGUCUUAUCUAAACCAGUGCUUUCCAUAAGCCUCAUUCCAGCCUGAGUUCUUUGCUGUUGGCUGCGAGUUCAAUGUCAAUGAAAUCAACAAUGUAUAUCGAA